GCGUCGCGGUGACGCGCCCUCCUCUCGCGAGAGCGGGCAGCGCGCGGCCGGCGGCGGCCGCUCCCCAUAAAUAGCGGGGCGAGGCCGCGUCUCCGUAAGCGGCGGCGGCGCCCGAGCUCGGCUGUGGAAGCUGUUUCUCCCUCCCGGGCUGUGUAAGAUUCAAGACCUGAAAAAUGGCAUUGGCAGCAAUUGAUCCACAGCAGAACAUUGUAUCAAGGGUUGUCAACCUUCCCUUGGUGAGCUCCACCUAUGAUAUGGUGUCCACAGCUUACACCACCACAAAGGAUAACUAUCCUUGUCUGAAGUCAGUAUGUGAGAUAGCAGAGAAAGGAGUGAAGACGAUUACUUCGGUAGCCAUGACAGGUGCUAUGCCUAUCAUCCAGAAACUGGAACCACAAAUUGUAGUUGCCAACAACUAUGCUUGUAUAGGUCUAGACAAAAUUGAAGAGAGACUGCCUAUACUGAAUCAACCCACUGACAAGGUUGUUGCCAAUGCCAAGGAUGCAGUUGUUGGAGCCAGAGAAGCUGUAGCAACCACUGUGACUGGUGCCAAGGAAACUGUUGCUCACACAAUCACUGGAGUUAUGGGCAAGACAAAGGAAGCAGUGCAAGACAGUGUAGAAAUGACCAAGUCAGUUGUCAAUGGCAGCAUUAACACUGUCCUGGGAAGUCGUGUGGUGCAAAUGGUGAGCAGUGGAGUGGACAGUGCUCUCACUAAAUCAGAGACCCUUGUAGACCAGUAUCUCCCACUUACAGAAGCAGAACUAGAGAAAGAAGCUACAAAAGUUGAGGGUUUUGAAGCUGGAGUUCAAAAGCCAAGCUACUACAUUAGACUAGGAUCCCUGUCUUCAAAGCUCCGCACACGUGCCUACCAGCAAGCCUUAAACAAAGUUAGAGAUGCUAAGCAGAAAAGCCAGGACACGAUCUCUCAGCUUCACCACACUGUCAGUCUGAUCGAGUAUGCCAGAAAGAACAUGAAUAGUGCCAAUCAGAAACUUCUUGAUGCACAGGAAAAGCUCUAUCAGUCCUGGGUAGAAUGGAAGAAAAAUACAGGCCAAAAUGAUGGUGAUGAACUGCAUAGCGCUGAGCACAUUGAGUCAAGAACUCUGGCUAUUGCACGGAGCCUCACUCAGCAGCUACAGACCACCUGCCUCACACUGGUCUCAAGCCUACAGGGGCUGCCACAGAACGUGCAGGAUCAGGCUUAUGGUGUUGGGUCAAUGGCAGGUGAUGUCUACCAGAGCUUUCGGUCAGCAUCCUCCUUCCAAGAAUUAUCAGACAGCUUUCUUACCACUAGCAAAGGACAGCUGAAGAAAAUGAAGGAGUCUCUGGAUGAUGUGAUGGAUUAUCUUGUUAACAACACACCGCUCAACUGGCUGGUUCCAGAUUUCACUAUUACAGACCUGUCUUCAGAGUCAGAUGAUAUCCCAGAUAUUUUGGAUUUGGAUGAAGAUGAUCAACAAGACUUUUCACGCACAAAUGGCCCUUACACCACAGGGCAACGAGCUGAAUAGAGAGAAGCAUAAAGUCUUCUUCAUACAAUGUACUUUUGCCAUGAUAUUUCUCCUUUUUAAAAAAUGAACUUGCCUAGCUUAGGAAUUUUGGGGAUAUUUUUUUGUAAUCAAUACAGUUUCAGUUAGCUGCAUAAAAAUUCCGAUUUUAUUUUCCACCUAAGGAAUGCAUGCUAUAUCAAUUAAUUAACGUGGGUGUUGAGCUCCCAUUCUACAGGCCAGGUAUAGCCUAACCAGCAUAUUCAACUUCGAUCUAAUCUUUGUUAAUGAUUUGUUCUCCUGCUGGCAGCAGCCAUGAGAACACUCCAGUGCUUUGCAUAAAGGGCUGCCAAGAACAGGAGUUGAUGAGGAUUUGCCUGCAAAAUUUCCCCUUUCUGUCUACAUGAAAAGCACUUCUGCAUCUACCUCUUUGCUGUUGGAAGGGGUAAGAGACUUUGUCUCAGAUUCUCUCAGGUUAUUUUUGGUAGAGUCUGUAGCUACCGAGCUUUGAAUCUUAGAGCUUCCCUUUGGCAAGAGUGCUUUAUGCACAAAAGGACUCCCUAUCUCUCUACAUGCCUUCCGUGUGCAAAAAUGUUGGCCAUCCUGAUGCUACCAGUUGUCAGGCCUGAGACUAGAAGAGGGUAAAUGCUUAAAAAGGAAAGUCUUCCAGGAGUAAGGAUGAAAGCUAAAAAAGAAGGGGGAGGGGGCUGUAAAAAGUGAGCAAAAAUGUAGGGCAAAGACAAAAACAGAUGUGGGGGGAAAAAAAAAAAAGGCAAGAAAAAGACAGAGAAGGUAGGGAUACUUCUGGUGACAGUGUUGAUCCUUUUAUGUUUAAAUAAAAUCUCAAAUAUUUGCUUAGGAAUGUCGAAUCUGCAUUUGCUUGCAUGCAGUGAUUUCUGUAGGAGCUGAGGCAAGUGGGAGUGGGGCUGGAGAAGGCUUCCUCUGUUUUUGAGGAUGGGGCUGAGCUGAUGCAGAGAUGCCCUUGAUGCUGUGGGGUGACCGCAGCCAGCCUGGAGAUGUUGCACAGCGCUCGUUUCUUUUUGUACAGCCAUGGAAACGCUGCAGGGCUGCUGGCAUCGCCGUCAGGCGUAUGUAAUGCUUGGUGGUUGUGAAAACUUUGGCAGUCUAGUCACUGAAAUGCCUUGGAAUAAAAGUUUGAACUGCA